AUGUUCAUUGAAAGGUUUGCGGCAGUGAUGCGGUUAAGCUGCUUUCUGGUGCUGCUCAUCGUUGAGGCUGUCAUCUUUGCUGAUGUUCGCGCAGACGAUGAAGAUGCAAAGAAAGAAGAAGAGCCCGAACUGGAAUACGAGAAGGACGAUGGUGUCGUUAUUCUGACCGAAAAGAAUUUCGAUGCGUUCUUGAAACAGAAUCCGACCGUUUUAGUGGAGUUCUAUGCGCCCUGGUGUGGUCAUUGCAAAGCGCUGGCACCUGAAUAUGUGAAAGCCGCAGAGAAGUUGUCGGUUCCUCUCGCAAAAGUGGACGCCACUGUUGAAUCCAAACUUGCUACUCGCUUUGAAGUGAGCGGAUAUCCAACACUGAAAUUCUGGCACAAAUCUGACACACCGGUGGACUAUGAUGGUCCUCGGGAUGCAGACGGUAUGAGCAAAUGCAUUUGUAUUGUGCAAUGGGUAUCCGAAAAGAGUGAUCCCAAUUAUAAGCCGCCACCCUCAGAUGUGACCGCACUCACAACAGACACAUUCGAUGAAGUGAUCGGUGCACGUCGUUUGGCACUUGUCGAGUUCUAUGCACCGUGGUGCGGUCAUUGUAAAAAACUUGCACCUGAGUACGAGAGAGCUGCGAAAACACUCAAAGCGAAAGGUGAAGAUAUAUUGCUGGCUAAAGUGGACGCGACAGCCGAAGAGAAAUUGGCAAAAACUUAUUCAGUUACUGGCUAUCCAACCUUGUAUAUAUUCCGAGAAGGGAGACGAUUCGAAUACAACGGUCCUCGUACAGCUGACGGUAUUGUGCAGUAUAUGAUUGAGCAGUCGAAACCAGCAGCCAAAAAAUUGGACACGAUUAAAGAAGCACAACGAAUAUUCUUGCGAACUGACGUUACCAUUGUGGCAUUUUUAUCAGGCGAACGCUCGAAACUGUUCGAUGCGUUCUCUGAUAUGGCUGAAAGGACUCGCGAAGAAUUCAGCGCAGUUGGAUAUACGUUUGAUGAGAACGUGAUGAAACAUUUCAAUGCAAAACCGGAUACGGUCAUCUUAUUCCAGCCAGAAAUUUUCUGGAGUAAGUACGAACCAAAACAACUCACAUUCGAAAAGAGUGACGCAAGUGCCGAGGAUCUGUUGACGUUUUUGCGUGAAAACAGUGCACCGUUGGUUGGGCAGAUGACACAUAACAAUAUGGCGAAUCGAUACUCGAAAUUCCCACUCGUCGUUGUUUAUUACUCUGUCGAUUUCUCGUUAGAACACGUCAAAGGAACGCAGUAUUGGAGAAACAAAAUACUCAAAGUGGCGAAUGAAUAUAAGAAGGAGAAGUAUCGUUUCGCAAUCGCCGACGAAGAGGAAUACGCUAAAGAGCUGACGGAUGUGGGAUUGGGUGAUAGCGGUCUUGAGCAGAAUGUCGUUGCGUUCGGUGUCAACGGCAAGAAAUAUCCGAUGAAUCCGGAUCAAUUCGAUGAUGACGAUCUGGAAGAGAAUCUGAACAAUUUCAUGAGGAAACUCUCCUCUGGUAAAGUGAAAGCAUUCAUCAAAUCAGCACCACUACCUAAGGAUGACAAAGGACCCGUUAAAACGCUUGUUGCGUUGAACUUUGCUAAAGUUGCGUUGGAUGAAGAGAAAGAUGUUCUCUCAUUCGAACCUCUUUACAAGGAAAUGGCCACUGAAUUGAAACCGAAAGAACCAAAUUUGAUCAUCGCAAAAUUCGAUGCAAUCGGCAAUGAUCAUCCAGAGAAUAUUAAAGUGGAAGGAUUCCCAACAAUAUACUUCAUUCCGGCUGGUAAAAAUGCAACUCCGAUCAAAUUCGACGGCUUACGAACACCCGACGAAUUGAUCAAAUUCAUGAAGAAGCAUGCUGUCGUAUCGUUUAAGGGUAAAACUGAAUUGUAG